AUGCGGUUGUUAGGUAGUCACCGGGAUAAGCUAGCCCUGGGCUUCUCCACGCUCUCACGUGGUGACCACGUGCUGCCCCAACUCUGCACUAACCUCCCCGUUGAACUGGUUGCUGCUGUCGGGUAUCGCGCGGACUGGGAGGUGGCGAUGGCCAUAGCAUGGCUAAAACCUAGUUUACACUAUCUGCAGUUUGAGGCAGGCUAUGUCAUGCACGUGCUGCAUGGGUUUGUGACUAACCCGACGAUAAAAAAGCAUGGCCAACAUGUGUAUGUGCCAUCGAAGAAUUUUCUGAAGGAGUUUGUAGAAACUGCCACCCAAUCCGGGUUGAAAAAUAAAAUGACGCAGCCGUUGCCCAUGGCCACUCUCGACUUUGCGUGCAAGGUGUCUGGCAACAAUAUGUGGGUGCUGGAAGCAGUUGUGUCUGCGUGUAUACAGUCCGAUAUCGAUAAGGCGCUCUCAUUGGCUGUACGAGCUAAGAAGGAGCAGGUAGUACUGGCACUGGUGAAAAGCCAUCGCGUGUCGGCAUUCGAAAACGAAUUGGAGCUCGUGCGUACAACCGAAGUGCUGCACUGGGCAGGUGUCCUGGAUGAGUUAGAGUGGUACCUUGCACCCCUCCCCCAGGAGCGCGUACAACACUUACUCGUUGUCGCGUACACGAACAUGUGGGUGCAGUUCACUGACCUGUGCCUGAGGAGCGGGGUGGGGCCGUUGUCUGCGAUUGAGAUCAGGGCUAAGAAUGAACACGACAUGAGAUUCAUCGCUGUGGCGGCGCAGCAAGGCUGCAACGCGGUUAUGCGAAACCUCAUGGACACGGCCGAUGUAGAUGUGCUCAGCCAGUGUGUGAAUGCGGCCGUCAGAAACCGUCACAUACACACAGUCAAGCUACUGCUGAGUAACAUGCGAGUGACACCCAGUACUGCUCUGAUAGAGGCGUGUAGGAUAGGUCACUGUGAGAUCAUUGCGCUGCUGCUGGCCAAUCGGCGGGCGGAUCCAACAUUUCGCAAUCACGAAGCACUGAUGAGGGCUUGUGAGGGGGGCAGAGUGGACGUCUUGAAACUCUUGUGCGCAGACGAGCGUGUAGCCGUGCCAUUGAGAAGCAUGACCUCUGACAGCCUGACCGACCGACAGGCGUUGUUCUACAGAGCCCUGUGUGCCUCUGCCAAGGGAUCGUUGCCGGCGUUAAAGCACAUUGUGAGCUGCAAACCCGGAGGCAGUGACAUCUCGCCCAAUGUACUCGCACAGGAAUUAGAAUUGGCAGUGCAUGGGGAGAAGACAGAUGUAGUGGGCUAUUUGUUGCAGUUUGACGUCAACAUCGAACGAGCGCUGUACAUAGCGUGUUGCGAGGGCCACGGCUCCGUUCUGCGCGUGUUGUUGGCCGAUGGCAGGCGCAACACUAUCAAGCAACGGAGCGAGAUGUUGCGACGCGCCAUCCGGGGGGGGCAUGGCAACAUCGUACGCGCGCUGUUUGAUUCGACUAGUCCAAGUAAGUUUGGCGAUCCAACGACAUACAUCACUGCUCUGGAACAGACACACAUCACCAAGACACAGUCCCUGUGGCCACAUGGCGAGGUAGAAGUGUCGAUGCAAACACACCCGCAUGUCAACAUGUUGCAACGCAAACAGGCUGGUUUCCGCACACGGCGGGUGAGACAGGAAGUAAUCGAACGAGUAGUGAGGCAUGCACACAGACGCGCGCUUAGACUAGCACAACCACCCGCCCCUACAGGCACAGUCGUUGGCGGGGGAGUGUCCACUGACCAGGCCAUGCACACACCAUCGCCUCAUGAGUCAGCAGAGACGGGCCCACACACAGCCGAAACCACCUCUCGAGGAGAAACGGUAUCAUCACAGCCACACCCGGUACAGAUGCGAGAAACGUUAUCAUCACAGCCACGCCAGUUACGAAGGCUUGAGAAGACUGCCGCACGAGCACGUCAAAUGUUAGCACAUUCUGUCGACACAAACGGCCCUGCUCCAUCGGACAGUCGGGGUACCCCAGCCAGCAGAAACCUUUCAGACACACGUGCAUCACUUGAACAGACGCGGAGUGUCCCUGUGAGCACCGACAAUACGACCACGGCUCAUACAGAUACAACAUCUCGCGCUGCUCUACCUGAGGGUUCGCAGGGUUUGAGUCGUACUUCCCCUGGCGUUGAACGGCAGCCAUCGGCCCACCCUACGACAGCGUCGCACGUACGCCCGCAGGAUGCAAGACAGCCUGAUACACAGCGGAGUGGACAACGAACGCCAACGGCACUAGAUUAUGAAAUAUAUUUCCGUGACUUGGUAGAUCCUAGAAAGCUGUGGAGAUUUCAGCGUCAAACGCAGUCACUAACGUGGGAAGUACGCCGAAACGGACUACAGGUAGAGUUACAAGCAGAAAAAGAACUACAAAGGCGUGAAACACAGGUGCUACGUGCAAUCCAGAUUGAAGAACAAAGGCUAUGGCGUGUAUGGCGUGCAGCACAAGCACAAAAGCAGGCAACACACAACCGUCCGGACACAUACACCUCUGAUGCACCCACACAUCCUAUGACGCCGCAUAGUCGUGCCACACGCACACCUGCCGCCAUCAGCGCGGAUCUAGCGAGGGCCGUUAACAGCAACAACAACAACAACAGUGGGGGGGAUCAUACGAACACCAUUCCUAGGGACAUCGAGAUGUGGAAUGAGGCUGACGUCAAGCAGGAGCGCAUACGUCGGCUGUGUAGAAUCCAUGUACUAGGGCAGAGUGACCCUACUAGUGGCCUUUCCAACAAUUUAAUAGGCCCAAAUGCCAGCAGUGCCACACCUACCGAUGCAGUGCAUGGUAGCGUAGGGCUGCCACGGGGAGUGAAGAUUGUACCAGAGGAACAAUCACGACUAACCGGACAGCGCAGGUCAUCAUCCGUAGCACACCCCCUCACAGACACGCCAAGCAACAACACCACAACUAACAGUAGAAUCAACACCACAACCAACACCACAACUAGUACCACAACCAACAACACAACCAACAACACAACCAACAACACAACCAACACCACAACUAGCACCACAACCAACAACACAACUAACAUCACAACCAACACUACAACCAACACUACAAUCAACACUACAACCAACACUACAACCAACACUACAGCCAAUGGCCAGGCAGCCGCUACUGCACGUGGUAAUCUGAGGGCAGUUGACGCGAAUAUCCGAGCGAAUGCUACUAUGCGAAGGAGGCACAGGAACGAUCAUACGCUGCGUGCUAUGAAUAUUCACCUCGGCGACAUCAAGCGCAUGAUAGACACGCACUUGGGUGUGCCUGAGAACGCAGCACCCAGCUUUCUGGACCAUUUCGAUCCCCGUGGCGGCUAUAUGCCCCCCACAACAGACCCUACGCUCGAGCAUGAAGCACAGCCUGGAGAGGUAGGGGCGAGUGCAGUUGCCUCUGAGCGCCCGGCGGUGCAUGCGGAUGCACUCGACAGUAUAGACGCGCACCUGGCGAAUCUGAAGCUGUGGAUGGAGGGGUAUACACCACCAAUGGACGAUCCCGAUGACCAACAAGCCAGCCACAGUGAUGUAAGUGGCAGAUAGAGGGUGUUAGGACUUUCACACAUCCGAUAUUGAAUGUAGAUGUGGAGAGGUAAUAAUUCGGUAGUGGUGUAUAUACGUGCAUAUAUACAUAUACACAUACACAUGAAUACAUAUACAUAGAUAUAUACUAUAAUAAGAACUGUAUGAGAGAGAGAGAUGGGUGGAGUAGUGAGAUGUGUGUUGGAAAUCUUGACAUCAGAAGUUUAUCAACCGUCUUCUGAGGGAUGCGAUCAGACAGGAAAUUACUACAUCAGUGCUUUAUAGUAGAUGCACUCAUAUUUAGUUAUUUGUAUAGCAGGUACACAUACUUAAUGAUUUAUAUAGCAGAUAAACACAUACUUAGUGAUUUAUAUAGCAGAUGUACACAGUGUUUUAUAGACCGAUGUC